AUGAUAAUACGUGCUUUCGUUCAGGGCAUAAAAUUGGAAACGAAUAACUCACCUUUCAAUUUGCCAUCAGCUGCAAUUCCAUCAGUAGCCUCUAUCCCAGCGAUGAAUUUGCAGACAUUACCAACUAUUCAAAUGCCAACCUGGCCAACAUUGCCAACUUUUCCCAUUAUGACCAUAGUUCCACUGACCUUUCCAACUUUGGCUAGUUUAAUUUUACCAACGUUUGGUCAUUUCAAUCACACUUUGAAUAUUGACUGGUUUGCAACUUCAACUCCUAAUCUCCUCAAUAACCUUUCCGUGCCAACGUUUCCAACAUUGCCAAGUAUAUUUACUCAAAGUCCUUCUGAACUGCCUUAA